AUGUAUAUACCCGAGUACUCGAGAAAAUCAUGUAGAUAUAAGGUACUCAUGCACCUAAUGUACGAUGCGCCAAACGAAAAGAAGAAGAAGAAGAAGAAGAAGAAGAAGAAGAAGAAGAAGAAGAAGAAGAAGAAGAAGAAGAAGAAGAAGAAGAAGAAGAAGAAGAAGAAGAAGAAGAAGAAGAAGAAGAAGAAGAAGAAGAAGAAGAAGAAGAGGGAAUACCUAUAA